CGCUGCUCAGCGCUUCUACACAACACUUUAAUGUCUAAAUUCGGCUUGAGGAGCUUACUUGGCACUUUCUGCUGACGAGCAAAGCCAUUACGACGGUUCAGUGCGUGGAAUCUGCCUACCCUUACUGUAAGGAAGCUUGGAUUUUGAUUGUUGAAGUGGUUAAUUUCAAGAUUGUCUCAUUCAGACAUGCGCUGAUGUAGCAGUGUUGCAACAGUGGUCGUACUCUCCCUCUACCUCCGGUCCCCAGUGCCUCACUGCAUGCCCUCAGACAACAGAUAGCUCACGAGGGAAAACAGCCCCUUCCUCACCCAGGACCACCGGACUCCUGACUUGACAUUUGGUAGCCACAACACCCAACCCUUCUCAUCUCAUCUUUCAACUCCAACAAGAGGAAACUGGGAAUUUUUCCACAUAGGAGUUGAACACCUCCACUUGGGCCAGUGGAGGUGUUGAAGAGCUGCCCUCCCCUCCUGUUUAUCCCAGUCUUGUAAGAAAAUUUUUUCUCCUGGUUGGCUUGAGUCCGGUUCUGCCGGCCUUGUGACUUUUCAAAACUGGGGCGCGAUUCAUGGGAUGCAACCAUGUCGGAUCUCAGUGAGCGCAGGCCGGUCAACACGGACUACGCUGUCUCCCUGCUGGAGCAGCUCAAGUUCUUUUACGAACAGAAAUUACUGACUGAUGUUGUGCUGCUGGUGGAGGACACGGAGUUCCCAUGUCACAAGAUGGUCCUGGCAACAUGUAGCUCCUAUUUCAGGGCGAUGUUCAUGAGUGGCCUCAGUGAGAGCAAACAGACCCACGUCCACCUGAGGAACGUGGACCCGGCCACCCUGCAGAUCAUCAUCACCUACGCCUACACGGGCAACCUGGCCAUCAGCGACAGCACCGUGGAGCCGCUCUACGAGACCGCCUGCUUCCUGCAGGUGGAGGACGUCUUGCUGCAGUGCAGAGACUAUCUGGUGAAGAAGAUAAACGCCGAGAACUGCGUCCGCAUGCUGAGCAUCGGCGACCUGUUCAGUUGUAGCGAGCUAAAGCAGAGUGCGAAGCGCAUGGUGGAGCACAAGUUCCCGGUGGUCUACAGGCAGGAGGCCUUCCUUCAGCUAUCCCACGAGCUGUUGAUAGACGUCCUCAGCAGCGACAACCUCAACGUGGAGAAGGAGGAGACGGUGCGCGAGGCGGCCAUGCUGUGGUUGGAGUAUAACAUGGAGGCGCGCUCGCAGCACCUGUCCUCCGUGCUCAGUCAGAUCCGCAUCGACGCGCUGUCUGAGGUGACGCAGCGUGCCUGGUUCCAGGGACUGCCGCCCAACGACAAGUCUGUGGUGGUGCAGGGCCUCUACAAGUCCAUGCCCAAGUUCUUCAAACCUCGGUUAGGCAUGACCAAGGAGGAGAUGCUGAUCUUCAUGGAGGCCAUGUCAGAAACGCAAGGCGACGGAUACGUGAUGUCUGGGUCCAUGCCUACUGCGGUUGUGUGUUACAGCCCGCAGGCGGAGAAAGUCUACAAGCUCAGCAACCCCCCAGGAGACCUGCAGAAGGUGGGAACCCUGGUGACGCCAGACAACGAUGUGUUCAUUGCUGGCGGACAGAUCCCACUCAAAAACGCUAUCACCAACCACGGCAAGAGUGGAAAGCUACAAGCAGUCUUCCACUCAGUCGAUAGCUUCUUUUGGUUUGAUGCCCAGCAGAAUGCCUGGGUACCCAAAACCCCCAUGCUGUGUGCCCGAAUCAAGCCCUCGCUGGUCUACUGCGAAGGCUACAUCUAUGCAAUCGGGGGCGAUAAUGUCGGAGGGGAGCUGAACAAGCGCACGGUGGAGCGCUACGACUGCGAGAAGGACGAGUGGAGCAUGAUGAGCCCCCUGCCCUUCGCCUGGAACUGGAGCACCUCCGUGGUGGCGCACGACUGCAUCUAUGUGAUGACCCACGACCUGAUGUACUGCUACUUCCCCCGGGCCGACACCUGGGUGGAGAUGGCCAUGCGCAAGACCAGCCGCUGCUUCGCCUCCGCAGCUGCCUUUGGCGACUUCAUUUUCUACAUCGGCGGCCUCCACGUGGUCAGCAACUCUGGCAUCCGCCUGCCCACGAGCACCAUCGACGGCUCCUCCGUCACCGUGGAAAUCUAUGAUGUCAACAAGAACGAGUGGCGCCUGGCCGCCAACAUCCCGGCCAAGCGUUACUCGGACCCGUGCGUGCGGGCCGUGGUGCUGCUCAACUCACUUUGCAUCUUCAUGCGUGAAACCCACAUGAACGAGCGCGCCAAGUACGCUAUCUAUCAGUAUAACAUGGAGCUGGACCGCUGGUACCUGCGGCAGCCCGUGUCCGAACGCGUGCUCUGGGAUCUGGGUAAGGACUUCCGCUGUACGGUGGGGAAGCUGUACCCCUCCUGCCUGGAGGAGUCCCCCUGGAAACCCCCAACCUACCUCUUCUCCCCCGACGGAGCCGAGGAGUUCGAGGUGGACGGGGAGCUGGUGACCCUCCCUCACGUAUAGCUCUUAACUUCCGCUCCCCUACCUCGCUGACUGAACCAGGAGUCUGUAACGCUGAGGGAUGAACAUGAAGGGGGGAGGGGGGGUUUCACGUCAUCUGUGUUGUGGAGGGAUCUCUGGACUCGCAGUAGCUGCAGCUGAGGAACGACGCAGCCCAAAACAAGCUUGGAGAGAGAAAGAUGCCCCUCAGAAAUACUAGUAAUCUGAAAAUUAGUUUUUUGUUUCUUCUUAUUUUGUCAGUUGUGACAUCUGUUGGAUAUUAUUACAAGUCUGUCAUACUGUUUCUACAAUGUGAUAAUCUAAACAUCAGCAGAUUUUUGUGAUGAUGAUGAUGAGCGUGAUGAUGCACUUAACUGGUAAACUUUCUUGGAAUGACAAUGGCAACUGUACCAAAAUCCCCCAGCCCCCCCCUUCAAUCACUGCUCCCCCCUACCCUCCUCUUUUUGUCUUCUCUCACCACUGAUGAAGGAACACUUGUAAUCUGUCGUUAGAGUAUCAGAAAGCUUCUCUGGAGGCUUGAAGCGAGGCUCUGAAACGUUUGCUCUUUUGCCGAGGACAGCAGCUCAGCUUUGGUUCACAGCAAGUCAAAUAGGAAGAGAAGUGAUGACCAUGAGCCACUCCUCCUGUUCGUCAGUACGUCACUAAAUGUACUGCUUUCUGGAGGAGCUUUGGCACGACCAUGGUGAGGUGAUGAUUGGUGGUUCAGAUUUUGAGCUGGAACUGCUGGGAAUCCAGGUUUACUGCAGCUACCGUCCUCCACAAGUGAGCCAAAAACCUUUCAGAGCCACCUUCAAAGCUUACAGGAGCAAGCAUUCGAUCCUCUGCAGGUGGAUUUCAGAGUGUUCCUUUCCGAACCGGAUCCAUGGAUUUCAUGCGGCCCCGCAGACGAGAGGAACAGAGGCCGUGGUUCUUCGGGACGGGUGGGAGGGCCGACGGGGAAACGAGUGAGAGGCGGAGAGGGUUUAAAGAGGAUGACUGCAGGUCCGGUCACCCAUCACCUCUCCUCUCUCACCGCUCUGUCCUCCACCCGAGCGCCUCCACAGCCCGUCUGUCAGUCUGUUUGCACACAGGUCUUCCACACAGCCAGCAGUUUACACCUCACUCCAUCCAUCGUCACAUGAUCAUGGUACUUCGUUUUUCUUUCCACGAGGGUCUCUGCAAAUACACACAACUCCACUCUCAGUACAAACAUCGGUUUCAGGCUCAUGCAUUUUUUUAUUUCCAAGCUGCUGAAAUAUAUAUAUAAUAAGAUAUAUAUUUUUCAUAACUGUUCUAGUGUGGGGAAAAUAACCAGGUCUAUUUUGUAUUAGUGUCUUUUUUUAAUUUAAUAUCAGACAUUACUGUAGUGUGAUUGUGGGUAGAUAUCCAUUUUCCUAUCAGAUUUAAUUUUUCUUGCGUGAAUAUUGAGGAAUCUUGCUGCUGAUUGGUUGUGAGAGGAGAGGGCUGGCCCACGGCUGUUGCCAUGGAAAUCGUCUCGGCAACCGCCAGCAGUAGCGGA